UUAACAAAAAAAAAAAAAAAGGAGAAAAGCACAAAACACCCGGCUGUGCGAGCGAGGGGCGUCGAGAGAAGGGAUUCAGCGAACAAAGAGUAAAAUCCACCCCCCGGAGGUGGCCGCAGCGUUCUGCUGCCAAAUGGACGGUCUCGGGUUUGUUGUACCCAUUCCCCAGCCUGCAUUUAGUUACACUAUUUAAUGUUUAAAUUUAAAGUAUUGAAAGCGACGUAGAGGGGUGUUUCAGCUCAAAAGACAGGGAAGAUAUUCCCCAGGUUUAAAACAGCGCUGUGGGUAUGCAGAGACCCCGGCAGUGACUGCAGUUUGUGUUUAUAUUCACAUUAUUUUGCCUCAAAGGAUCAUUUUGAAGAAAAAACCCACAAGGUUUGGCCUUUGCCAUGUGUAGGAUGAUUAAAAAUUAGGUGUACAUAAGAAAUUUGCACAUGAGUGUUCCCUGGCCACCCCUGAGAGGCCAGUCUAGCACUGUGCACCACAUUAAAGGCUGAAAAAAGGAAGUUUCAAAGAAAAUGGAAAAAAACUAGUCCAGUUCCAGCCCCACCAAGUCAGGGCAGUACUUUAAAACAACAAAUGAGCAUUCAGAGUUUUUAUUUUGAAGACCCUGGUUUCAUUGAGUGACCCUGCAUUUUUAGUUACAGAAGGGAAAAAUUCCUGCUUUAUCCCCAAAACAAAACUGUUUCCUUACUGAUCUGAUGUUACAGGGCUGUGACCCAACCCAAGUCAAGGUAAAGACUCUAAAUAGAAGUUUGUAUUUAUCGUGCAGUUGUUUAAAAAGCCAGCAUAUAUUUUAAUACACAAGAUAUGUUGACAUACCCAAGCCCAGACCUUUGUUCCUAUUCUUUAUUUUAUGUUAGCACAAAGCCAGCUGAAAUUAAUUUGUUUUCCUCCCUUUGCUUUGGAUUUCUUGGCACAAAGUAAUGGCUGAGGUCCUUGUAGCAGCUUUUUUUGUCUUUAGAUGGAAGACAACAAUAUCUGCUGUAAGCCUGGAAAUUCCACUCAUUAAUUAACAACUCUCCUACAAUGCACAUCUGCAGAAUUUUGCUUUGUUUCUAUCUCUGGCGUGUUUAUUUCUGCUAAAACACAAUCUCACCCCAGCGUGUGGAUGUUCUCAGGCCAGGCCGUGUCAGUGGGAUUAGGAAACAGCAUUUUGCAGGCUGCAAAUGUUCUGCUCUUGUCUGGGCAGCACAACAGCGUGUACUUUUCAGUUCAGAACAAGGAUGACACAAGGUCUGGCUGUUUGUCCUCGCUAUCUUUGAGAUAAUUAAAGAAACAUCUUGUCUUCCAGAGCUGGUUUUGGGGUCAGGCUGACACACUGAGCCUGGGGGAGCAGGGAGUGUCAGUGAUAAGCCAUUCCUGUGUUUGUGCAGGAACUGUUCCACUGAAACAAAUCGAGUCAUUUGGAGGCCAAGCAAGAACACGGGGGUAUUUUUUAAACCAAAAGGACAAAUACCCCAAACACCACAAAGUCCAGCUUGCAAAAUUCUGUGUUUCACUCUUCAGCUGAAGAACCCUGGCUGUUUCCUCCCUGGAGUGGAAGGAAGGGAGAUGUUCCCAGACCUGUGGAAACCACAACAGACAGAAGCACUCGAGUUCCUGCUGCAGCCUGAAGACACAGCACAGACUGAAUCCUGAGGUUCUGUCUCAGCCCUUUAUCAUCACCACCCGAGAUUCCUUCAACAGCAGCUACUUCACUCCUUCAAAUGCUGAGUUUUAAACCCUCCUCCUUUUCAGAGGUCUCGAUGUGACAUUUGUGACUCCUCAGCAUGUGACACUGCGUCACCCUCAGUUACUCACGGCAGACUGGGAUAUUUUAUCUGCCCCCAGGAUGGUGCUGUGCUCACCCUGAUGUGCUGCAGCCCCAGAGGCAGAGCCCUCACACACAGAGCUCCCAAACCCACCCUGCUGUGCCACGUGGGACACACUCAGUGACCUGCACUGCACCCUCUCGUGACCUGCACACAGCAGGGACAGCAGCUUUCUGUCUGGAUUAUUCCACUUCCUCCAGGUACUCCAAAGAUGGCUGCAAUAAAUCCCAGCUUCCCUCGUGUUCCCAGGGAGCUGUGUUCCCCAGAUCCUGCUCAGCUCCCCACCACGCUUCUGCUGCCACGGUGACAGCACCUCAGAGCUUUCCCCAGCCACCUUUAUUUUUCACUCAGCACCUCCACUCCCUCUCAGAGCAAACAUUAAUCCAGCCCAGGGAAGCAGCUCCAUCUGUGCUGGCACUGCCACAACCAGCAGGUCCCAGUGAAGACAAAGCCUCCCGAGCUUCAUUAGCCCCAAAUUAAGAUGCUCCCAGCUGUGGCUGAGCUGGAUCUCAGCACACACACGCUCCUGCCCGAGUGUUUCAGUGGAGCUGCUGAGCCUGGAUGCUGCAGGAAGUCUGCAGCACGGAUGACUCAUGUGUUAAAUCAACAGUGAACCAUUGCCCCAGUUUUAUUUCACAGUGACGAGUUUCCGGCAGUGGGUGACUUUCAGUAAACGCAAGAUGUUUACUUUGUGUGGCUCCAAGAGCCCCGUGACACACUUGAAACUCCUUAGACAUUUCCACCUGAGCCAAACAUUAACCAGAUUGUUAAUCUAAGUUUCCUCAUGAGGGAAAUGUGCGAGUUUGUGUUUUCUUUAAAACCUGUAUGAAAGCACCGGGUGUACAGUAAUGUUUAGAGUAUCCUUUAUUCUGCCUGGCAGAGGACCCGUGUUCAUUAAGUAAAGCUCAGGAUAUUCACAGCAGUGAGCUACAGGAACUGAGCAGACAUUUGAACCUGUGCAGGGUAAACAGAGAAGAGGCUCAAGAGCCCAAACAAUGUGAUAAAACCACACAUUUUUAUCACUUAAAUCUCCUUGUAAGUAUAUUGAUAUUAGCUUUAGACAUGAAUUCAGUUGGUGUCCACCAGCACCUGAGUUAGAUCAGCUCCAGAACACAAGUUCCCUCCUGUGCACUGCUGGAGCUCGUGAGUGUGAGAUCACAUCCAGCACUGCACUGGUGUGUGUGAGUGUGCACAGCACCCAGCAGGCAGCACCAGGAGUAAAACCACACCAGACACCGACACAGCACUUAGCCAGACCCCGAGCCUGGGGGGUUUGAAGCGGCUUUGUCCCAGCUGACAGCUUUUCCCACUCUGGAGAACAAACACACCCAGGCACGACUGCCGAGUCACACCCUGUUUUCUGCCUCAACAGCUCCGCGUUCAAACCCACAGUGGCUCUGAGUCACAGGGCCCUGCAGGAACCUUCAGCCCGUGGAAAUCUGUAAAUCAAUAUGCCUGGUUCACGUCCUAGCAGCAGGAAAACAGUUCUACCUGAACCCUUCCCUCCACAAGGGCAGCAGAGAGGUGUUUGUGCCGCAGGCCAGGGCACAGGAGAAUCCCUCAGCCAAGCCCUGUUUGCUCAGGAGCUGUGCUGGACACAGCAGUACAGCUGGGGUGUUUUCUGAGUAUUUUCUCUAUGAGUGCAGUAAAGAGUCACUCACCGUGGCUCUCUGAGUCACACCUUGUCAAGGUGAGCAGUGCCCGACCCUCAGCCCCUUCUGCACCACCCCGUUUCCAAAUUCAGCCAGCAAACACAAGAGUCAGAGGAAGAGGAGCAGUCCCUGUGCCCGCACAGCACAGACACCCUUCCAGCAGGGGCUGGUGUCUGAGUGUCCCAGCACAGCCCCAGGGCUCUUCACUCUGCUCUGGAGGCAGAACACCACUCCUGAACAAUACCAGUCCCUUUCCUCAGCAUUGCUUCACCCCUGGUGUGGGGUGUUCCCAAAGCAGGGUUAUUCCAGCAAAAAUCCUUUACAUUGCAGGAGUCAGCUCUCAUGGUUUUUCCUUUAGUAUGGCAGGACAAUUUUUGCUAUAAAUCAGAGUCAAAUUAAAAGCUUCUAACUGUGCUGCCAUAAUUAUAUUUCUUUCCUGUAACACACAUUCCUGUGACACAACAGUUCUCCCUGCAGACAGAGGAAACUUGUGUCUGUAUUUCAUAGGAUGCUGCUGGAUGGGAAGCUGUGUCUGAGCAGGGAAUAAUUUGGGGUUGGAUGCUGCUGUUGGAACUCAGGACCAGCAUAAAGAAUCUUUCUGUUUUUCUCCUGCUCUUUACAAUCUUGUACCUGCUCCUGCAAAUUUCUCAGUUCCUGGAAACAGAAAUGGAAGAAUUAUUGUUUGAGACAGAGCUGAGAACCCAUCAUCUCCUGUGCUCACACCACCGUGAUGCCGCUCAUCGUUAGUGGUGUCCAGAUGCUCUCCCAGCCCGGAAGGGUCGGGCAGUCCCUGCAGAGCCAGGGACCCCCCUUUUCCCGGCCGGGGGCCAGGAGGAAGCGCUGAGCUCCUGGCUCUGCCUCCUCCUCAGGCUUUCCCCUGGAGAGGGCAGCCGAGCACCGCCGAGCUCCGGCGGCUGCUGCCAAAGCCCUGAGCGCAAGGGGCAGGAGGCAAAGCGGGACUUGGAGAGGAUGGGGUGUGACCGCUCGUGAUGCCACCGAAUGAGGGUACCGGGAUCCCGGCAGGAGGGAAAGUUGAGUUCCCAGCUGCAGAACCGAGGGCUCCCCACUGCAGCCUGUGUGUUACAUCCAACUCCAAUGUGGCCAGUUCCUUUGGGAUCUGGGGCCAGCCUGCCUGUCCCCCCUGCCGCGGUGACACUGUCCCUGGUGUCACCCCGCAGGGAAAGCUGUCCCUGCUUUCCAAAGGCAUCAUCUCAGCCAGGCAGCUGCUGCCCAGCCGAGGGGGAAGUGGUCACUGGAGGAAGGACGGAUGGGAGCAGGUACAGCAGCGACCACAGCCUCUGCAGCCCCUCUGACCACAGGGAUGCUGUAGCUGAAGACCUUAAGGCAUUUUCCUUCCACUUGAAGAGAGAAAAUCACCUCGUUCCUCUGGCAUGAGUGUACGGAGAAAUUCAGUGGCACAGGUGAGAUUUGUGCUGCUCAUGGAGCUGCAGGCACAGACAGCAGAUUUCUGAGCUUGCCCUUAGACCUGCACACAACCAGGUACAUCCAGAUUUUUCCACAUCUGCCUCCUUGCUUCUUUCCUCCCCAUACUCUUCCAUGUUCCCAGAGAAAUCAGGAGGAGAACCUGAAUGUCUCUUGCCUCAAACUCUGCAGCUACAUGGAGAAAUGAGAGGGACUGGGAGGACAAUUUCAGCGAGCCAGAGGGUUUGGGUGGUUGUAGAUGUGGCACGAGCAGGCAGCAGAACACAACACCCAGAGGAGAAGGGAGGAAGGGAAGAAAACCCGACACACAUUCUGCGAAAGAAUGUGACAGAGAGCGAGGAAGCAGAGGAAGGAUUCACACUGCUGGAUUCCCAACCCAGGGGAAUAAACCAGAAUGGUUCAGCAAACCCAGAUGAAACCAGAAGUGCCGUGAGAGGAGAGGGAAGCAGCGCUGCCCGCAGCUGCAGCAGCUGCCCUGAGAGCCAGAGCCAUGGGAAGCCCCCGAGCGUCUGUGGGGAGAGCAUCUGAAGAAGUGCAGAAGGAAGCAGAGGGCUCUCUGUGAGCUCCCAGCUCCAGGUGACCACCAUGGAUUCCUGCAGGAUACCUGCCAACGCCUCCAAGUGCAGUGGGAACACCAUGGAGUGCUUCAUGGUGCUCAGCACGCAGGCACAGAAGAUAAGCAUUGGCAUCCUGUGUGGCCUCUUUGGGACAAUGUGUGUCUUUGAGAACUCCCUGGUGCUCUACCUGAUUUUCUCAUCCCCUGGCCUCAGGAAGAAGCCUUCCUACCUCUUCAUCGGCAGCCUGGCCCUGGCUGACAUCCUGGCCAGCAUCAUCUUUGUCUGCAGCUUCGUGAACUUCCACGUGUUCAACGAGGUUGGUUUCUCCAAGGAGGUGUUCCUGCUGCAGCUGGGAGGGGUGAACACCUCCUUCUCUGCCUCCCUCAGCAGCCUGCUGCUCACAGCCCUGGACCGCUACAUCUCCAUCAGCCGGCCCUCGGAGUACAAGCUCCUGAUGACCAGGAAAAGAGCCUGGACGGCCCUGGCAGUGCUCUGGCUGACCUGUGCCACCAUUGCUUGCCUGCCCCUGCUGGGCUGGAACUGCUGCGUGCUGGAUUCCUCCUGCUCCGAGCUGUUCCCCUUUGUGGAUGACAAUUACCUGUCGGGCUGGCUCUGCUUCGUCGUGGUGCUGCUGGGCUGCAUCGUCUACGCCUACGGCCACGUGCUCUGGAGGGCUCGCCAGCACGUGGCCUACAUGGAGAAGCACCAGGCACAGGCAGGGAAGCAAAACACCCGGAUGAGGAUGGACGUGAUGCUGGCCAAGACCCUGGCCAUGGUGCUGGCUGUCCUGAUGCUCUGCUGGUCCCCCGUGCUCGUGCUGAUGAUCUACAGCGUCUUCGGCAGGCUGAGCGACCGCCUGCGCAAGGUGUUCGCCUUCUGCAGCACCCUCUGCCUGCUCAACUCCAUGGUCAACCCCAUCAUUUACGCCCUGCGCAGCAAGGAGCUCUUCUCCUCCCUGAGGAGGGUGUUCUCCCACUUCAGGAGGCAGCUGAAGGCCCCUGAGGAGAGCCCAGAAGCAGAGAGCACCCACAAGUCCUCCGUGAUAGAGACCGUGUGCGAGGACACGCACGCCAUGUAGGGAGGCACCGUGGGAGAUCCACCCACUCAGCCUGCAAGGAACAGUCUGGAUCACUUUUCUUUUUAUUUUCUCUUCUGAUGGGAGUUGAGGGAUCAGCUGUGAUGUGGAGACAGCUCCUGCUGAUGUCACACUUCAACGCUGGGACAUGAAGUGCACCGACUUUGCUCUCAGGCACAGGUUGGGAUUGUUGGGGUGUCCUGUGCAGGACCAGGACUGAAUGGUCCUUGGGGUGUCCCUUCCAGCUCAGGAUAUCCCAUGAUGCUGUGAUCAUCUCCCACCAGGGGAGGUUCAGGCUGGACAUCAGCAGGAAUUUCUUAUGGAAAUGGUGGGCAGGCUUUGGAAGGGGCUGCCCAGGGAGGUUUGGAGUCCCCAUCCCUGCAGGUGUCACCUGGACGUGGCACUCAGUGCUCUGGGCUGGUGACAAAGUGAGGACUGGGCACAUCUGGGACUCGAUGGUCUUGGAGGGCUUUUCUAACCCCUCACUGUGGUUUAAGGACUUGGCCAGAGCUGGGGCAGACAGGACCUUGCAGGCAGCACAUUUCUUCAGGCAGAUUUCAGGAGAACUGACCGAACCACACGGGUGUUUGUGGGAUGUUAUGUGAUUAAACAUACAAGCCAUUUUCCA